UCUACGGUAAAAAAAGUAAAGGAAAAAAAAACAGGAGUAACAAAACAAAACGCGUAUCGAGUGUAAUAUUACAUUACUUCGUACGUAUGUAAUAAAUACAUGUCGUGACAAUAAUGUACACAUCAUAUCUAUAACGAGGAACCUUGAAUAUCGUUGUUUAUAUCGAUGUAAUAUACAAUAAUUUAACUGAAAAUAAAUGAAUUCAAACGAUUGUCGGUAAAAAUAUUUGAAGAAUAAAUGAACCAAAGCCCGUGAAUGUUUAAAUUAUUUAUCUAUAAAUAAUUAUUUCGAUGCCUUUUUCUUCAUACGUUCAAAAUCUCGUCUCACCGGUCGUAAAUUAAAUCGCGUACCUAGUCGUCGUCUACGCGGAUUAAACGUCAAUAAUAUUUGUUUUAUGUAUUUAUAUAUUGUUUAUUAGACGCGUUAAUAUAUAUGUAUAUAUAUAUAUAUAUAACUACGAAAGAUCCGGUUUUCUCUUUUCCCUGUUGUUCAUGUUCUUCUGAUACGUGUACCGCGUGUAAUAAUAUUAUAAUAUCUUUGAAAUAGUGUGCAUUGAAUUAUAAUAAAUAUAUAUUUACACAAGGUGUGAAUCAUGAACGCAAAUAUAAAUUAUCGAGUUGCCAUUUGGAUAUGCGUCAUCGUGAAUUUUGCUUCUGGAAAUGUACAGAGCAAAGUGCGAUGCUUCAAGGAUAGGAUGGAGGUCGACGUAACGCGGAGCAGCCCACAGGCGACGAUUUAUCUCGAGAAUCUGAAGAAUUAUCCAGAUGAAGCUUGCAAGCCGAAGUUGAGCGAGGGGGUUGCCACUUUCAAACUAUCACUCGUCCGCGAGGAGAUGAUGCGCUGCGGUCUGACGCGGGUUUUAAAUAAAAUGACGGGGAAGAAGGUCUACUAUCACAGAAUAAUCGUCGAGGAACCGACCGAUUCCAGUAAGCACACGUUCACCGUCAAGUGUGGAAUCACCGAAGUGACAGUGCCUCAUAAAUCAGUGACAUCCGGGACGAGCUUGGCGCCGAAUCGAACGAUUUUACAACGAAGAAGUUUACCCGACGAUUUCGAAGAGUCCGAGGUCAUCGGAACGAUCGAAGACGUCCUGGGAAAGGCACCGACGCCAACUCUCAGCGUCGGCGUUCGUCAGGGCGGCAAUCUGGUCACCGGGGAACUUCACGUGAGUCCGGGAACUCCCUUGCAGAUGGAGAUCUAUCUGGAUACGAUCUCUGCCCCGACGUACGGUAUCCUGACAACUUACAUGCAAGUCUCGGACAUGAGGACUCAGGAGGAAACCAUCAUCUUCAACGGGUGUUCGGUGGAUCCUUACCUGUUCGAUAACUUUGAAACGGUCGACGGUGACUUUUUGACAGCGAAAUUUCGGGCUUUCAAAUUUCCGGAAAGUACCUACGUGCAAUUUCGAGGGACGGUAAACGUUUGCGUGGACAAAUGCGAGGGGAUCGAAUGCAGCAACGGGCGGAUCGGAUAUGGUAGAAAACGGCGCUCGGUAUCACCUCCUAACGGUGACAAGAAUAAUCUAUUCGAGGUGACGAUGUCGACCUUCAUAAAAGUCGAUUUUGAAGAAGGCGCUGAGGUUGAAAAAGCAUUGCUGGCGUUUGUUUUGAAAGGUAACAACGUUACCGCCUCCGAAGAAACAGCGGAAAGGCCCGAAUCGGCGGAAUCGGCUGCAGCUGUACAUCCGAAAAACGAGAUUCGCGAACAGUAUGAAUACAAGGUUGUGGAAAUGGAGACUGUGGCGACGGUGAACGCCGCUUUCUCAAUUACCGCGACGGGAUAUUUGAAAUUAGCUAGUAUUUUACUCGUCGUAUUCUAUACAUUAAUCUGAUCAAUUAGCGGGAGUAGCUGUCAUAAACGAUAAAUAUAAGGAGAAGAUCCCCGAAACGAUAAAAUGUUUCACGUGAAGCGUAAGAGGAAAAAAUUUAAGCGGAAAUUAGACGGAACAAAUUGAACAUUCUAAUUGAAAAAGUAAAAAAGAAAAUCCCGAAUCAUAACGAUAUCCUGCCGUACGCGUAGAAUUUAUCUGUUUACGGUAUUUAAUAUUUUUAUCUUUUUUUAAUCAAGUUCUACUAAUUGCAAAUUUCCUGCGCGUACAAAUAAUAAUAACAAUUAUAAUAAUAACAGUAAUAACAAUUACCGACGCGUAAUGGAAACGUUUUUUUUCAUUACAGCGCGCACUGCAAUUUAAUGCAUCCUAUAUAUUUUACGAUUUUUUUAUUUCCAUCUUAUACUCUGCGUACAGACGUUUUUUUACACUCUUUAUUAUUAAGCGUUAUAUUUUUUUACGAAGGAAACGAAAGAAUGAAACCGCGCGCGAGUCUUUCUUGGAAUCAAAAUUUGAUUUGUCCCACGCUUUCUCGAUGCAAGAUAAAUUAAUUUUGAAGACAAAUUUUUUUUUCUUCCAUAUCGGUAUGCAUUUAUUCAUAUGCACUUGGACUAGAUCGAUGUUUACAUUGAGAGAUUAUUACAUUACGCAUACGGUACGUUUUCAAAAAUCGAAUAGCGGAUGUUUCUAAAAUUUCGGAAUUAAUAGCGUAGUAGAGAAAAAAGGAAAGCUAAACGAUAUGUAGUUAACGAAAGAUAGAAAAAAAAUAUUCCAUCGUCAACCGUGGGACAAUUUCAUGUGAUACUAAUAUAUUAUUAUACCUAUAUACAAUAUAAAUAUAUAUUUAAUUAGUUAAUAAUUUCGUUUUACAUAAUAACGAUACGUAUGAAUAAUAACAAUUGAAUACCUACAAUACUGAACCUAUUAAAGCUCAUUAAUGAAAUCCUCGUGCAGCUAAACAACUGCUACUAACAAUAGGCCAGAGAGAAAGUGAAAUAAUAAUAAUAAUGACAAUGAUAAUAAUAAUAAUAUUAAUAAUAAUAAUAAUAAUGAUGAUGAUGAUAAUAACGAGGUAGGAUCGUGCAUUGUUAUCAUUAUUUUCCCAAUAAAAAUCGAUAAUAUUGAUGUGUUAAAUUCAAAAACUGUAAUACGUAAUUGAAAGUAAUUUCUUUAAAAUAUCAGGAUAGUAAAAGUCCGUCGUCUCUGAUUGUAUAAACGACGGUAUGUGUAUAAGUUAAUAAACGCGCAUUAAUAAUACGUAGGUAACAGAACACAAUACAGAAACGAAGCGCAACGAAUAAAUAGCGGUAUAUUAACAACGAUCGUUUUGAGUGUAUACCUGUAUAAGUUUAUACAAAUCGCGAUACCGAAUAUUUAUUAUGUCGAAUAAAAAAAAUAUUUAUUCGAUAAUUAUUGUUAUACAGGGUAUGCCCAAAUUUAGAAAGAUAAAUAAUUGAAAAAACAAAAUGAAUGACUUAUGAAAUGCGCGAUCAUGGAGAAGUAAGAAUAAUAAUUAUUAUUCUUAUAAAAAAAAAAAAAAAAAGAAAUAAUUAUCCGAUAUAUUGUUGUUGUAUGAAAUACAA